GACAUUAACAGUUUCACUUGUUUUAAUUUUGUUUCAGUGCCUGGGUCAGGUGGUAGUCAGAUUGAAGGAAAGCUAAACAAACCAAGCGUUAUCGCUUGGUACUGCACACAAAAAACUUCCGAAUACUUUACUUUGUGGCUCCAAAAGUCAUCGCUUCUUCCUUACUCUAUAAAUUGCUGGACAGAUAACAUGCGGUGAGUCCCCUCACAAACGCUUUGAAGAAUAAAGAAGAGUAAGCGGCGAUAAGAAAUGGCAAAAACAGUUCUUUUUAUAGGGUAAUAGGGAUAGCAAAUAUAAGCAGGGAAAUACACAAGGAAAACUAGUGCUUGACUCUUCAUUCUGAAUAGAAUGAUAAGUCAUAAAAAUUACCCGCUUAAACAAAAACAAAGGACCGGUUAAUUAACCCGUAUUGAACAAACUGCGUUCUAAAGCAUUUUCAGUUUGCCCAGCGCUUUGAUCUGAACCCCGAUUGUCGUGAGCAAUUUAAUGAAAGCAUAGUGUAGAAAGCUUAAAUAACCCACUUAGAUCUGGAGAUUUAAUGAUUUCUUAAACUCCGUCCUAAGUUGAACUUCCUUUAAAUAACCGACCCAAAGUGUUUACUCAUUAAGAACCUAAAACACAGGCCUCAGUCAAACAAAGGCUUUUGAAACACUUCUAGAGAGAUUUCUAUAACUAAAAAGUUUUAGUAUCAUCAACCCAAGGUCCCGAGACUUACUUCUAAACUUUCUCCUUUACAAUACCAGACUAGUUUACGAUGAAAGGACCAAUACGGUGAAAAAUGCGCCCGGUGUCGAAACAAGAGUUCCUGGUUUUGGCACAACUGAAACAAUAGAGUACUUGGACACACAGAAUUUGAUUGCGUAUUUCAAGUCAAUAGUGGAUACUCUGGUCACGUUGGGGUAUGAACGAGGUGUUUCUGUUAGAGGAGCGCCUUAUGACUUCAGAUAUGGGCCUGGUAAGUAAAAUCACGUGACUCUCACUCACCCUCUCCAGUUGGAGGCAACUAAGAGUGUUAACCUUUGUACUCUUUGUUGAAUGUUUGUUAUGAUUGAUGAAAACUAAAACAAACGUUUGCAAAAGUUUAGAGUCUACCCGUGGUCUGUAUCUCCUAAAAGCCGCCAUAAAUACUAGGCCAAUAUGAACUGAAGCACACACUACCAACUCUUACCAACUCUGCGGUAUGGCCAGUACGCAUGCGCACAAGUCAACCAUAUCACCCCGGCAGUGGAGCAAAGUUGCUAGUGUGCACUUUAAUUCAUAUUGUCUUUAAAUACUAGGAUCAGUUAUACGGCAAAAAUAAGACUUGAUGAAGAAAUAAGCGUUGACCGCGAUAUGUGAAUUUCGUAAUUUGACAGAAGUCUUAUUCCUGGGACAUUUUAAUUGCUUGUUUUAAACGUGAAUCAAAUCCACGCGCCAAUGCAGAAUAUUGUCAUGGUGACAUACCAAGAAAGCAUAAUGUCCUAUUAUUCUCUCUUGACAACACUGAAUAAAAAUGUGCGGACCUCUCUGGAAAACAACCUCCGAUUGAUUUCAAGCGUUUUAUUGGUCUAAAAAUAACUUUGGUGAAAUUCACAUACCUUCAUAGACACGAACUCUCCUGUUAACGCAUCUCGAAGACGCCUUUUAUUUUCCUCGCAAAAAUGGCCCGAACUCAACCUCCAGCCUUGAAAGCGUCCAUCGGGCAGUUUGUAUUUUCCCUGGGCAUGUUAGAGAAUGACUUGGAGCGGACUUACUUGAUGUUGCUGUCCUUUUCGGUAUUAAAGGAGGAAUGAGUUGCGUCUUUCAGAAAUGCUUCUCAACGAUAAUUGUUCAAGGGUGGUUGGUCCAACAAAUACAACUUAAAACAUUAAGUUUCCCUUAAUUCAAUUGCUUUUUUUCUUUGUCAAUCCUCUUUAGAAUCAGCAUCGGAAUAUUUUUCAAAACUGAAGAAACUUGUUGAGGAAACAUACGCAGCCAACGGCAACAGGAAGAUCACUUUGAUGAGUCACAGUCUCGGAGGACCGUACACUUUGGUUUUCUUGAAUAAACAAAGUCAAGACUGGAAGGACAAACACAUUCUACAAUGGAUUUCUUUGAAUGGUUAGUAAUUCAAAGUAGGGAGGCCGUAAAACGAAAUGCUAAUAUUAAGGAAAAUUUAAUUACUUCCGGGAAUUGUGUGCAUCAUUUUAGGCUGUAUUCUAACUUUUCUUUUGUUUAUUUUGAACUUUAAAUAGGCGCCCUUGGUGGAGUAGCAGAGAUGAUGCAAGUUUUAACUUCUGGAUAUACGCUUGGUAUUCCUCAUCUAUUUGUAGAUCCACUAGACGUGCGUGGUCAACAAAGAACCACAACUAGUAACGCAAUGCUGAUGCCCAAUCCAGAGCUAUGGUCCCCGGAUGAAGUUUUAGUGAAGACCUCCAAACGCAGCUACACAGUGAAUGACUACGAAGACUUAUUUAAAGAUAUGGGCUAUCCGCAAGGUAUUAAGCUGAGAAAAAUGGUCGAAAAUCUACUUAAUCCAUUGUCAGCGCAUGCUCCUAAGGUACAGCUUCAUUGUUUGUAUGGCACAGGGGUGCAUACUGCAGAAAGCUUUGUGUACGAAAAAGGAGAGUUCCCGGAUCAUCAACCGGAAAUAAUAUAUGGUGAUGGAGAUGGGACGGUGAAUCGGCGCAGCCUGGAGGCCUGUAACAUAUGGAAAGACCAGCAGGAUCAAAGCGUUAUUCUUAAGGAAUUUCAUGGAGUGGACCACGUUAAAAUUCUGAGUGACAGCAAUGUACUUAAUGAAAUUAAAAAGUUGUUAGUGUAA